AUGCCGCCUCCAGCUCUUCAACACCUCGGUCUUAUCGACCUCGUGGCUUCUGACCCUCGACCUACAUUUGUUGUUGCGUUGCCCGAGCAAGCAGCUUUUAAUGCGCCCUCCGCCAACGCUUCAUCCUCCGCCGAUAUACUUUACCGAAACCCUGUCCUGCAAAACUCACAUACCCUCGACCAGGCCAUUGCCUCUAUCCCUCAAGAUGUUUCUCACUCACCCUUCUGGAAUUGGGUCACGAGCCCACCACCCGAGAUGCCAAAACCUCGAGCAGACGGUGCAGGCCCUACGCCAACAAAUACGCAACAUUCCCUACCAUAUCUCGGCGUCUACUGGACACGAAGCAUUGUGUUAGGCCAAUGGGUGGUGAUGAGCGGCAACGAAACGCCUCCCUCUUCAGAACCCCCGCGUAAAGUACGAAUUGAAGGAAAGGAAGGCGAGACGACAAGGAAAUACCCGCAAAAGUCUCCAUUGGACAAUGCGCGUUUGCCGUCCCGAAAAAAGUCGGAGAGCAAGACUCCAUUGCAUUAUCGCGACGAAUCCAACCCAGGACUUAUGGUGCCCAUUUCCGACUCUGAGGCAGAGCCAUUCCUUGAUGUAGUCCAAAGCGUGGACUGGGAGUCGACAGCGUUGGGUCCCAUGGCAGACUGGCCAGCUCAGCUCCAGCAUACGUUCAAUCAACUUGUUUCCGACUCUCGGCCCGUUGCGCUCUACUGGGGUUCUGAAUAUAUUACCAUUUACAAUGAGGCCUUCUCCAAGUACUGCGGUUCCCAGCAUCCUGGACUCUUGGGUCGCCCUGCAACCGAAGCUUGGGGUCACUUGAAGACUCGGCUUGACGAAAUGACGGCUUCGCCUUUGAAAAAUUACUCGAAUGCCGAAGACGAGUCCAAAUUCUUCAUUCCUCAAACUGACGGCACUCUUGAAGAGACGUAUGUCAAAUCUUCCAUGGUUCCUAUCGCCUAUGACAAGAAGUGUCUUGGCAUUCAACACUCAUUACUCGAAAUCACCUCGCGGCGGCUUUGGGAGCGAAGAAUGAAGAUGCUCCUCGAUCUGGGCGAGGCCUUGGUUUCGACAAAAGACGUCAAAUCUUACUGGUCCAGGACCAUUGAGGAGUUGGAUCGCUGUAAUCCAAACUACGACGUUCCGCUAGCUUUCAUAUACUCAGUGGAAGACGACGAUGAUGACUCAACAUCGUCAAAAUAUGAUUGUUCCAAGAUCUGCCAUCUAGAGGGCUCCCUGGGCGUACCAGAAGGGCACGCGAUUGCGCCCUCAGUCCUCCACCUCAAAGAGACAGAGGAAGGCAUGGCAUCUGUUUUUCGAAAGUCACUGAAUGGGCGCCAGCCUAUACUUCUGCAGUCGAAGAACGGCACUCUACCGAAUGAUUUAUUUCGUGGAGUGGCCUGGCGUGGCUUUGGUGAUCCCUGCCAAGCUGCAAUAGUCUUGCCCAUCCGCCCCACAAAGGAAGAGAACGUAAUGGGUAUACUGUUCCUAGGUCUGAAUCCUCGACGCCCAUACGAUAACGACUAUCGGCAGUUCAUAUCUUUGUUGAACCAAAAACUCACGAGUUCUCUUGCUUCCACUGUCCUUUUUGAAGAGGAGGCACGGCGGCGGCGCAACAUUACCGAACAAGCCGCCUAUGACAAUGCCAUGCUCAAGCAGAGGCUAGAAUACCAAACCGAGCAGACCGAGAGGUCCAUGCAGAUGUUCACUGCUGUGGCAGACUUUAUUCCUGUGGGAAUGUGUUUUGUCGACGUUGAAGGCAACAUCACAUUCGCCAACGAUGCUUGGCAUCGCAUCACUGGUUAUCCAAAAGGCCCAAUCGUGCAGGGCGCAUUACUUGAGUCCAUACUUGAAGAAGACAAAGAAAAGGUCGUCCAAGCAUACAAGGAUGUCCAUGAGCUCGAUACAGUUACUUUCGAAUACCGCAUUGCAAGGAUCGAAGGUACAACAGUAACAGACUCGACCGAUUUCAAAUCUUCAACUGGUUCUUUCUCCACCAAUAACGAACGGGUUUCGCGCCACAUUUUGGCUUCUACAAAAGCGGAGAGAGCUUCAGAUGGAAGUGUUAUUAGGAUCCUGACUUGCUUGACUGACGUGACAAUACAAAAAGACACCGCUGAAGAAGCCGUACGUCGAGCCCAAGAAGCAGAGAACCUGAAACGCCUCGCUGAGUUUGCUACGGUUGGAAUGUAUGAUGUCAGCAUGGACGGAAGACUCCUGAGCGCGAACAACCUCUUCUGGGAAUUGACGGACUUGAAGAAAGUCGAUCUCACCAAGGUUGAUGUACGACCGUGGCCAGAAUGUGUUGUCGAGGAGGAUCUGCACAUUUUGGAGGACAGCCUUGAUAAACUGGCAAAAUCUGGACGUACCGAAACAGCUGAGUUCCGCCUUCGCAAUGGCUGGAUUACUGAAGACAACGCCGGAAACACAUCUGUUGCACCUCGAUGGGUUCUUGCCACCUUCAUGCCAGUCAAGAGCUCUGAUGGCGUAAUUCAGUCGUUUACUGGGUGUUUGAGUGAUGUUUCCAUACAGAAAUGGCAAUUCGAGCAGGAGAAACUACGCAAAGAAGAGGCUAUCGAGUCUAAAAGGCAGCAGGAAAACUUCAUCGACAUGACCUCACACGAGAUGCGGAACCCGUUGAGUGCUAUUCUUCACUGCACUGACGCCAUUAUCGCUUCUCUGGCAAGGGUGCAAGAUAUCAGUGAUAGUUCCGCCCCUCUUACACCAACACGAAACGGCUCUAAUGGCGAAGGAAGCAGUGCUGGUGAAAGAUCAGCCGAAGAAAGAAAGCUUAUGGAGGACAGUAUCGAAAAUGCCGAGACUAUUGUUACAUGCGCUCAACAUCAGAAGCGCAUUGUUGACGACAUCCUUACCAUGUCUAAACUUGACUCAAAAUUGCUGGCCGUAACCCCUUGCACGGUAGAUCCGAUUCAAAUUGUCAAUGGGGCGCUUAAGAUGUUCGAAGUGGAGGCUCGUCGUGUGGAUAUCGAGCUCACCUCAUAUGUCGAUAAGUCGUACAAGGACCUUCCAUAUGACUUUCUUGAUCUAGACCCAAGCAGAGUUCAGCAAGUUCUGAUCAAUCUUCUUACAAACGCCUUGAAGUUCACCAAGUCUGGCACUACCCGGACCGUCACCGUUGGCGUCAAAGGAUCAUUGGAACCGCCAGGUGAAGACAUGACUGUUGUGCAGUUCAUCCCACGAUUCUGCGAUGUGUCUGAAGAAUACGAACAGCCCGCGCUCAAAGAACGAACUCGCCCAGUAUAUUUGUUAUUCGAGGUUAAGGAUACAGGCCAGGGUCUGACGGUGGAAGAGAUGGGGAGCCUUUUCAACAAAUUCGUCCAAGCGAGCGCCAAGACUCAUACCAAAUACGGAGGCUCCGGCCUUGGACUAUUCAUCUCACGGCGUUUGACGGAACUCCAGAACGGCGCAAUUGGUGUCGCCAGUCAACCCGGUGUGGGUUCGACAUUUGCAUUCUACAUCGAGGCAUAUGUUCCAAGCGAUGCUUCCAGGAACGAAGCCCUGGCAGCAGCUGCGGCGGCCAGGCUGGUUGCUGGUACCGAUAGUGCGGGUGCGAUUGAUGGCAAACGACCUUGCCGCGACAGCCGUUUGCAGAAACACCAAAACUCAGGAAGUCUCGAUCGACUUGAUGGAAUCCUGGUUGUUGAAGACAAUCUUAUCAAUCAACAGAUUACUAGACGCGGAUUAACAGAUCGGGGUUACAUGGUCGAUGUUGCCAAUCAUGGAAUCGAGGCCCUCGAAAAACUGAAACGCCGACAAGGUGCCACGCCAGGAAGUGGCCUGAAAUUGGGCAUCGGUCGCACGGGACGGAGCAACAUCAAUCCUUUACCCAUCUCCAUCAAUCUAGUUCUCAUGGAUAUUGAGAUGCCGAUCCAGGAUGGGUUGACCUGUACCCGAAUAAUUCGCGAGCUAGAAGCAGAAGGAGAGAUCUUCUGUGCGUCUGGAGGUCGCAUUCCCAUCAUUGCCGUAACAGCCAACGCACGACCGGAGCAGGUUAUGGAGGCCAAGCAAGCUGGGUGUGACGAUGUGAUGGUGAAGCCAUACAGAAUUCCGGAGCUUAUCGAGAAAAUGCAGGUGGUGGUGCGACGUAUAGGAGGACUUAGCCCGAACUCCCCGGUCAGAUGA